AUGGCAACUCCGAUGGCAUCUCCGAUCCGCCUAUCCCCACAUGUUCAGUGUAUUCAGCAAAGCUCACCCUACACCAACAUAUAUGAUAAUGCGCCUGUUAGUCCGCUUCGGGAUCUGCUCCCCCAUUCCCACCCAGAACAGAAACGCUGGGAAAAUCCCGGCGGCUGGGGUGCACGUCACUUGAAUGACAUGGCGCCGUUCACGCUUUGGGACGAGCAAAACCACAAGUUCCGCCACCCCUCAGGUCAGGACUGGACCUGGAUCCGUAAUAAGUUCGGGGAAGGAACAGUGCACAUCUCCGCGUGGCUUAUUUGUAUGGAGACGGCCUCUCCACCCCAGCCUAUACCACUGACCCUUGGAACGAUGCCUGUCAUAUUCGUGCGUCCCGGUGAGAUGUUUAGGGAGCCAAUCCCCUUAUCUGGAUAUUCGAAUCCUCGUGUUCCCGAUCCCUGUCCCACUGUCCGGUGGCCCCAAUUAACCAAUCCGACUAAGCGUCAGGCAGUUGCUGUGCUUACUGCCAUCGCGCCACUUGCUCGUGUGAGAGCUGCUAUGUUUCUCCCGGCUUGGACUAUCUUCGAACUUGAGUUUGGAGAUGGCCGGAACUACGAAAAGCGAUCCCUUCCCGGGUCGUGGCAGGCCGAACAGCACUCUACCACCACGGAGAUCAACCGUUUUCUAGCACCAUGA